GGAUAGCAUAAUAAUCUGUGAAGAAGCCUUUGCCACUGUGGCCACUUAGCAUUGAUGAUGCUAAAAAGAACCUAGAACAGAAAUCAGAGGAGCUGCAUAUGGCCAAGAAAAAAGUCACCUAUUCUCUCUCUAUCUCCCUUAUAAAAAAGGUUUCGCCUUUUUGAACCGAGCAAUCACGAGGCUCUCCUGAAAUCUCUUCCUUUGAAUUCAUCUUUUCUACUGCCAAACAACCUAAUCCUCCUGAUCCUAUCAGAAACACAGCCGUGAAACUCUCUGCCUCUUCUGCACCCUUUAUUCAAGAAAAUCUGGAUUUCCAUGGAUUCUGUUCUUUCGUUUUGCCUCCAUUUCUUGAAAUUAUGAUCUCCAUCUGCAUGAGUUUUGUCCUCGUCAUGAAGUUCUUUUUCAUCACUAACUUCUUCCUGCUGCUUUGAUACUCAAAAGGCUUGUUCUGGCUCUUUUGUAUUAUGACAUGGGAAAAUGCUAGUUUGGCUCUUCUUUCACCUAACUUUAAUGGGUUUAAUCAGGGCUUUAAAGAGAGCUCUAAUGGCGUCCUCGUGUUUUCAUGCACUUCGUAUUAGAAGGUCAAAGAGCAAACCUUUACCAGCCCCUUCCUCCUCGAAAACUCAAGCAAAUUCAGAUAUGGAGACUUUGGAGAGAAAGAGAUUUGAUAGCUUAGAGUCAUGGUCCAUGAUAUUGGACUCUGAAAAUGUAGAGACAUGGGAGCCAUCAAAGGAGGACCAGGAAGAGGAGUGGACUGCUGAUCUUUCCCAGCUGUUUAUUGGUAACAAGUUCGCUUCAGGAGCCCAUAGCAGGAUCUAUCGAGGAAUUUACAAGCAGAGAGCCGUCGCCGUAAAAAUGGUACGGAUUCCAAACCAGAACGAGGAAACCAGAACCUUACUUGAGCAGCAAUUUAAGUCUGAAGUCGCCUUCCUCUCACGUCUCUUUCAUCCAAACAUAGUGCAGUUUAUUGCCGCUUGUAGAAAGCCUCCCGUGUACUGUAUAAUCACAGAAUACAUGUCACAAGGAACACUGAGGAUGUACCUGAACAAGAAGGAGCCUUAUUCACUCUCAACAGAAACAAUUCUCAGGUUAGCUCUUGACAUAUCUCGAGGGAUGGAGUACCUUCACUCUCAAGGUGUAAUCCACAGGGACCUAAAAUCAAAUAAUUUGCUUCUUAACGAUGAUAUGAGAGUUAAGGUGGCAGAUUUUGGCACUUCGUGUCUCGAAACACAGUGCCGGGAGACCAAAGGCAACAUGGGAACUUAUCGUUGGAUGGCGCCAGAAAUGAUAAAGGAAAAGCCUUACACCAGAAAAGUCGAUGUUUAUAGUUUUGGAAUUGUGCUAUGGGAACUCACAACGGCCUUGCUGCCUUUUCAAGGAAUGACCCCUGUGCAGGCUGCAUUUGCUGUGGCCGAGAAGAAUGAACGGCCUCCUCUACCAGCUAGUUGUCAGCCUGCACUUGCUCAUCUCAUAAAGCGCUGUUGGGCGGCGAACCCCUCAAAGCGACCGGAUUUCAGCGACAUUGUGUCUGUUUUGGAGAAGUAUGAUGAGUGUGUAAAGGAGGGUCUUCCUCUUGCUCACCAUUCGAGCCUUGUCAGCCGAAACGCCAUUAUUGAGCGCUUGAAAGGUUGUGUAUCUAUGAGCUCUUCCAUACCUGUACAUGCCUGACUGACUCAACUAAAGAGGUAUUGUUACUCUUAGUAUUAUUGUUGUUUCAACGCUAAAAACGCUUGUCACGUUAGUAUAUUAAUUACUAAUCAGUUGAAUUUGUAAUUUGUACAUGCUCUUUCCAACUGUGUACUGUAACUAUCCAUAGGUUUCUAAGGUUGGCAUUCUACCGGUAAGUAACCCAUCAUAUCCAAUGGUGGUUAAAAAAGAAAAACUUAAAAAUUUGAGAAUAUAGAAGCAAAUGAAUUUAUUAUGCUUCUUUACUCACUGUGGAUACUGGCUUUAGCUGUGUCAAUGUAUAAUGUUACAACUAACUUUAAGAUCCCUUACACGAGAUGAUUCUACUUUGGUUAA